CUCGUUACAGAAAAUUUGAAAUGAAGAAAAUUACACAAAACUCUACCAUAUAUUAAUGGAGGAUAUGUAUCUUCCUCCCUCCUUUAUGGAGUAGUCCUCUAAGGUACUAGGGGUUCUAAACCCCAAACCCCAGUUUUAGGGUUUACUAUGUAUGUAUGGAUAUUCUAGGGUUUGAAUGAAUGAAUGUGUUUAUCUAGUUGAUUCUAUUGCUAUUCUAUCAUUGAUUGUGUUUGGGUAGGUAGCCCUAAUCUUCUCUAUUAGCCUACUUUAUGCUUCUACGCUGGGUAUGGAGUUCUAGGGUUAGACGAGUAUUAGCCAUCAAGCAAAUUGAGGUAGAUUUAUGAAUAGGAAUCUAUGGUGGUCGAGGCCGACCGACACCCUAUCAUAGGUAGCCUUCCUAGAUAGAAACCACGAUAAAACUUCGGUGUGGACGGUGUAUAGUAUUCAACGAAAGGAGCUACGAGCUUAAGGCCCCAGAUAUGAUAGCCUAGAUCGAGGUGACUUUAUAUGGGUCUAGGGGAGGCAUACUCGGAGGUGUGUGGAUAACCAUGAAAUUCCACUAACACGAGCUCACACACCACAUUCGAUGACCCUAAGUAACUAGACAUUACAUAGUAGCCCUAGGCUAGGGCGAGGAAUAGUUCCCCGAGUAAAAUACGACCUUGAUUGCCACUAUACGACAAUGUCAUCUUAGGUUAAACUUGGCCUAGGAUGGAUUAAGUUGUUGACAUGUGCUAACCAUGGACAAUAACCUGCACAGAUGAAUGUGAUCAACCUUUUUGGCGUCGUUGCCGGGGAACCUUGGUAACUAGUAGAAAACCAUUAAGUUGUUAGUUUAGUCUUUACUUUGUUUUGUUUGUUUGUUUGGUUUUGCAUUCUUGUUUGUGUUUUUGUGUGUGUUUUGUUGUUUUUGUGUUUGUUUUGUUAUCUAACUUCAUACGUCACAUGGUCUGAAGGUUGUGUUUUGUAGCAACUUUGUAUGCGAAAAAGGGAUUCUUUGGAGAUAUUACAUCUUGAUACGGAAAUCGAGGGAACCCUUCGGAAUCUAAGAAGAGUUGCAAGACCUUAAUCUCCACCAAUGGUGGAAUAACAAGCUCGAGUUCCACCAAAACCAAGAACAGUGGGUUCUUAUUCUAGGCCAAGUGUGGAUAACGUUCAAUCACCUAUUCUUCAUCCAACGAUGCCCAACAAUGACUAUGAGAUCAAGAUGGGCACAAUUUUAAUGCUUCAAAGUGCUGUUCAAUUCAAUGGGAUGAUGAGUGAAGAUUCUCAUGCACAUGUCAAGUCGUUUUACGAGUUGACAGAUGGAAUCAAGGUGAAUGGGGUUCCUCAAGAAGCUAUCCGGCUAAGGUUAUUUCCGUUUACCUUGAAUGGAGCAGCCAAGAAAUGGUUGAAUAAUCAACCACAUCACUCCAUCACCUCAUGGGAUCAUCUAUGCAACAAGUUCUUUACAAGGUAUAUUCCACCUUCUAAGACGACUUUAAUGAGAAGUGAGAUUACUAUGUUCCGUAAAGAGGAGGAUGAACCAUUGUUUGAAGCAUGGGAAAGGUUUAAAUCUCUCCUACUCAAGUUUCCUCACCAUGGAAUUUUCGAUUGAUUACAAGUGGAAAGCUUCUAUAAUGGUUUGACAUAGGAGUCACAAAACCUCAUUGAUGCGGCUAGUGGAGGUGCCAUUAGGCACAAAGAAGUCGGAGAACUUCAACAAUUAAUUGAAGAGAUGACCAUUAAUAGCUAAGAUUGGGGUGAAGGAAGAAGAGGCAAGAGCUUGAAGAAGGGAAGUUUAAUAAAGGUCGAAGAACCAUCAUCGUUAGCGUCUCAUAUUCAAGAACAUUAUAAGAAAAUUGAUCAAGUUGCAUCUUCAAUGUAAGGAAAUGGGAAGAAACUUAUGAAAUGUGA